AUGUCGGACAAGGAAAACGUUGAUGUACCAGUGGUUGAUGCUGAGCAACCUGAUAAAGUUGAAGGUGAAUCAAUAAUAGAUCAAAAUGAACAUGAAAAAGAUCAAGAAAAUCAAAAUCAAGUUGAUCAAGACCCAAAAGAUGGAAACCAAUCUAAUGAUCAAAAAGAUGAACCUAAAAUAGUUGAUAACCAAGCAAAUAAUGAUUAUGGUGAUCUUCCACCUGGUACAAUUGUCUUGGGUAAAUUGAAAAGUUUCCCUCCAUGGCCUGGUAUUGUUGUUCCAUUUGAAUUAAUUCCAGAAAGUAUUCAAAAAGUUAAACCAAAACCAAAACCUCCUGUUGUUCAUCAUGCCAAAAAUAAGAGAAGAUCUUUAGCUAAAGUUGAUAAAAAUGAACCUUUUGAUUCAAGACUUUGGUGUGUUAGAUUUUUAAAAGAUGAUACAUUUAUGUGGGGUGGUGUAAAAGAUAUUUCAAUAUUAUCAAAAGAUCAAAUUGAAAAAUUUUUAAAUGAUAAAAAGGGUAAAAAAUUGAUUAAAAGUGCUUAUGAAAUGGCAUUGAAUCCUCCUGAUUUAGAAGAAUUCAUAAUUUGGGGUAGUAAUGGUAAACCAAUUGAAAUAGAUAAUGAAGCUAAUGAUGCUGAUUUUGAAGAAGGUGAAGAUGAUGUUCAAGAUGAAGAUCAAGAAGAUGAUGGUGAUGAUGAAGAUGAAGUGGAAGAUGAAGAUUUAGAAGAAUUAAAAGAAAGUAAAAAAAGAACUAAAACUACAAAAGCUAGAAGGGGUCGUCCACCAGCUAAAAAAUCUAAAACUACAAAAGGAUCAACACCAAAAAAAUCUGAACCUGUUAAAGAGAAAAAAAAACCAGGAAGAAAGAAGAAAAUAGUAGAAGCCUCACCGGAACCGGAACCUGAACCUGAAACUUCAGGUGAUGAAGAUUGGGAUGUCAUUGAUGAAACCGAACCACCAGUUGCUAUAGAAAUACCGUCUGCUAAAGUUUUAGGAGAUGAAUUGAAAAAGAAAACACCAUUGAUUAAAAAAGCGAGAAUAACAUUACAAGAUUAUUUCUUGGAGGAGAAAGAAUUAUCAAAAGAUUCCAAAAAUUUAAAACAAAUUUCAUCAAUUUUAGAAUCUUUAGAAAAAAUAACAAAUGUUCAAACUUCACUUAUAAAACAUUAUAAUUUACAUAAAGUUCUUAUUGAUAUUUUGAAAAGACCAGAUUUAAAUGAAUUUGGUAAAGAAAUUAAAAAUUUCAGAAAUAGAAUUGAAAGUUUAGUUCAAAAUUGGUUUAAUAUUGAAAUUCAACCAAAUGAACGUUGGGAUUUUACAGAGAAAAAUGAUGAACAAGAAUCACAAGAAGGUCAAGAACAAGAUGCUCAAGAUGGUACUAAUGAAAUUAAAGAUGAAGUAAAAGAUGAAAAUCAUGCCACUGAAAAUUCUGAAGCUAAAGAAUCAGAAGUUAAAGAAGAAAAUAAAGAAGAUAAUAAAGAACCAAAUGGUUCAACUUGA